CCAAGAGCAUUGGAGCUCGUAACGUUCGCCCCACUAUCCGUCAGUUACAUGAACCGGUUCAAGGUCUCAGCUUGUCGUGUCGUGCUUUGGAACACAGCGUUUCGAGUUACCCUUGUCCCAUGCAAUCCAUAACUCGUUCUUGAGUAAUUGGAUCUGCACCAUACGUGACAUACAUUUCCUCCUGGUGCCAGAAUCUAGCGUCACUCGCACUCACCAACAUGCGCCGAUAUUAGGACACUGAGAUUCGAAGCAAGACACCACAGUCUACCAGCCAUCGCUACACAGCUCGACCCUGCACUUCCGCGACGAUGAUCACCCUAAAGGCACUGCUAGCGCUCCCUGUCUUCCUUUCCUCAACGAUCAUCACAUUCGUUCUUGCUGCGCCUGGUAGCUCACCACAAGGUUCGGACGAAUCGAACGGCUUUCUCGACGUCGACAAGAAAGAACCCUUUCUCAACUACGCCGCCUCAUUAACCGGUGGCGAGGGCUGCAAAGACAAGGACUUGAAAUGGAUCCGCGACGGCUUCGACGAGAUGAACCGAUUGUUCGCCGCCGCCCAAGACCCCAACUUCGAGAACCAAAGCGAGAUCGACUUCUUCGGCCGGCCGUACCGUAUAGGAAACUUCACGGAUCUGAUAAGAGCGAAUUUGCGGCGCGCGGGACAGUAUGGGAAUCUGCAGGGCGCGGAGAUUGUGAAUCCGGAUAUACAUGUGCGGUGUGACGAUCCGAAUGACAUAUGCAACGAGGGGAGAAAGAAGGAUGGCAAGCACGCGGCGUAUAAUAUUGGGAACGAACCCCACAUCAACUUCUGCGAGAAGUUUUUCACGCUGGACCCGUUGGACGAACAGGUGAAUGAUGAAUCGAGCAAGGAUCAGGCGAAGAAUUACCUCAUGAACUACUAUAACCGCGCCACUCUGUGGGCGCGCAUGGUAAUGCACAUCGCGGACGUCGGAGAAGCAGUAGUGAUGCGCGCGACACCCAACUUCGCGCCCAACGCCACCCGCGAAUGGAUUCUGACCCCCGGGCCCAGUCCCAUGAAGACUUCUGUUUUAGCCGGAGUAAUGGAUGAUAAGAACGGACCGAUGAACGUACGAGUCCUCAAAUACGCGUACGGCGUGACGCGAGCAAAACUGCUCACCACUUUGUCCACGCAAGACCCUUACGAUGCGUUGAACAACGCCGAGAACUACGCUCUGUAUGCGCUGGCGCGAUAUGUGAUCCAGAAGAGGGGGUUCUUCCCGAACAUGCCUCUCGUCAAUUUCGGUAAUGAUAUGGCUGUUUUGACGAACGACCAGAUUAUGGACGGGGACAAGAAGAAGUUUGCAUGUUUCGACAUGCCGGAUGUUGUGCCUCUAAUGGACGGUAUAAUACGAGAAGGCGCGAGGUUAUCGUCUGCGGCGAACGGAUUACGGGUGCCAACGGCGACGGUUGUUUCCCUUGUUCUAGCAGCGAUAUGGAUUUUAUUAGGCUGGACCGCGGGGUGGCUUUAA